UGGCCAAAAAAGUUAGUAUCUCGCAGUUCCUUGUUUCCUACUCCAUUCUCGGUCUCUCUCUCCCAGCUCUCAUUAGUCUCUUCCAGUCCCAUCAAUGGCAACACCAAUGGUUCUCGAUCCAACACCCGCUGCGGAGCCACCGGCAACUCGGCCGUACUCCUCCGUACACGACGUUACCUCCGACGGCGGCGAAGAUGACCUCUAUGGCCGCCUCAAAUCUCUUCAACGACAGCUCGAGUUCAUUGACAUUCAAGAAGAAUACGUGAAGGACGAGCUUAAGAAUCUCAGGCGCGAAAACCUACGAGCUCAGGAAGAGGUCAAGCGGAUCCAAUCGGUGCCGCUCGUAAUCGGCCAGUUCAUGGAGAUGAUUGACCAGAAUAACGCCAUAGUCGGUUCCACUACUGGUUCCAAUUACUACGUCAGGAUACUCAGUACGAUUAAUCGGGAGCUCCUUAAACCCUCGGCUUCUGUUGCUUUGCACCGCCACUCGAAUGCCCUUGUCGAUGUUUUACCUCCUGAGGCAGAUUCCAGUAUUUCGCUGCUUAGCCAAUCGGAGAAGCCUGACGUUACUUACACUGAUAUUGGAGGAUGUGACAUUCAGAAGCAGGAAAUCCGUGAAGCUGUUGAGUUACCUCUGACCCAUCAUGACUUGUACAAGCAGAUUGGUAUAGAUCCACCCCGUGGUGUUUUGCUGUAUGGUCCACCAGGUACUGGAAAAACUAUGCUUGCAAAGGCUGUUGCGCAUCACACGACUGCAUCCUUCAUAAGGGUUGUUGGCUCGGAAUUUGUUCAGAAGUACUUGGGUGAGGGCCCACGAAUGGUUCGUGAUGUCUUUCGCCUUGCCAAAGAAAAUGCGCCAGCAAUCAUAUUCAUUGAUGAGGUAGAUGCAAUUGCUACUGCUAGGUUUGAUGCUCAGACUGGAGCUGAUAGAGAGGUCCAGCGUAUCCUUAUGGAGUUGCUAAAUCAGAUGGAUGGUUUUGACCAAACUGUUAAUGUGAAAGUUAUUAUGGCUACUAAUAGAGCUGAUACGUUGGACCCUGCACUUCUGCGUCCUGGAAGGCUUGAUCGUAAGAUUGAAUUUCCUUUGCCUGAUAGGCGUCAGAAAAGGCUUGUUUUUCAGGUCUGCACUGCUAAGAUGAACUUAGGUGAUGAGGUCGACUUGGAGGACUAUGUUUCUCGCCCUGACAAAAUUAGUGCUGCUGAGAUUGCUGCAAUAUGUCAAGAAGCGGGUAUGCAUGCUGUGCGCAAGAAUCGAUAUGUCAUUCUUCCCAAGGACUUCGAAAAGGGGUACAGGACGAACGUGAAAAAGCCUGAUACUGAUUUUGAGUUCUACAAGUGAUCUGUGAAAGUGGCCAAGCAAAUCUUUCAGAAAACUUUUAUGCAUGUCCAUGAGGUUUUUAAUCAUCUGGUUGGUUGGUUGGUUCUAUGUCCAAAAGUUGUUUUUUAUCCUUCUAUUAUAAUCAAUCAUUUGUUAUUUCAGAAAUAGUUUAUAGGCAACCUAUGGUUUGGCUUAGGUGCAGAAUUCUUAUAUCUUGAUUCACCUUUCGUCAGGCCUCAACUUAUUCUCAUGGUGCGGAAUGGUUGGGUCUUCCUACUUGUGGAUUGCUGUAAUAUGUUCAACUUGUUUUACGUUGCAAUGAUUCCAUUGCUAUUUUUUAAUGGUCAUAUGCAACAUGCAUCAGAUGAGAGGUAAUUUCUCUUA